AUGAGAAUAAAGGAAUGGAAAUGGGGCAAAGUUAAAGUGCUUCAAUCACGCAACACUUCCUUCGUUUGGAACUGUGAUUUGUGGGAGUUUAUCAAGACAACUAGCUUUAACGAUAGACAAACAAGUAACCGCAAAGAGUCACAAAAGUAUUUCAUUUUUACCGUUACGCGUAUGUCAUUGAGCAGGUUUUCAUGUUCUCUUCUUAGCUACUGUGAUCACAAAGGGCAAAAUGGUAAAAACUGA